CUACUCUGCUCGGCUAAAUCGAUUUUGAUAAUAUUACACAGACGCAGAUGUUCGUUCGGGCAGCGAGACUUAUAGGUUAUACAAAUGGCACAAAUAAAGGCGCUUAUUUAAAAAUGUUUUCUAGAAUGUAUCAUGUGAAAAAUGAGCUAUUAAAGUGAUAUGACAAGUGUUUCUACAGACGAGAUUUUAAGUAAAUUAUCUAUUAAGUUCAAUCGAAUUUUUUGCGACCGUGAUUUUGUAGAAUGUGUUGGUGAAGAUUUUAGGUCUAUUAUUAAUAACGAAAGUAAAUGUUGCGUGUUAGUAUUUCCGUCGCUCAGUCCAAAUUAUCUAAGAGUUGUGCGGUACCAAGCAAAAUUGUGCGACCUUGCGGUGAUCCCUUUGGGAAGUGGUUCUUCAAAGUCUAUUGGAGUAUGCCAGAAGAAGUAUUUUCUACCACCGGUUCCUGACGCUAAUAUAGAACCUUCAUGUCCAAAACAAAUGGCCGACACUAGUGUCCCGAAGAAGAAAAGGCCACCAAUUCAACUAUAUGUUCCUCCGGCACAAAGAAGAUCUAAGUUAGUAGCUCCGCAAAGGGAAAAUUUAAAAAAUGAUAAAAUUCAAAAGUGUUCCUCCAAUGGAAGAAAAGUAGAAAUUCAAGAUAGUAAUGAACUACAAGUAAACAGGGAAGAUUCACUUCAGGAUAUUGAACCUGUCAUAGCUGAGGAAAAAGAAUAUGUAGAAACACCUCAAGUGCAUUGCUACUGCACUCAAGACAUAGAUUACAUUUCUAACAAGAAAGAUUUAUAUGUUCGGCCCUUUUAUAGUUACCAAUGUAGAUGUAUUAAAAUGUUGCUGCUUAAGGACUUAUUUCCUUUUGCAAAACUACUUAUAUUUAGUAUAAACCGAUUAAAACACUGUUUUCAUUGGUUAAGAUGUGAUGCACAGCUUUACAAUGCUAAUGAGGACCUUUCUAAUUUUGAAAAUGUGACUGAAGAAAUAAAAUAUUGUAAUAAGUUUAAGAUUAUAUUUCCAACUACGAGAUUAAGUAUAUUUCCCUAUGAGAUUAAAGAGUUCUGCAAUAUAAACAAUUUUACAGAACUGACAACUAUCCUUCAAAACAGGUACUGCCUUUGCGGAGACAAAUUAUUUUUAUAUUUAAUGGAUUAUAUUUAUUGCGAUUAUCUUUGGGGACCUCUCGUCGACAAUUUUAAAGAAGGAAUUCAACAACGCGAAAAUUCAGAGAAUUUCCAAGACCAAACGUUUGGAAACUUUCAACUAAAAUAUGUCGACAGACUGGGAAAUUCUACGGUAUUUCCACAAAAACCUUGCGAAAAUGUUAACAUAGAUAAUUUGCUAGAAAUUAUUGCAACAAGCAACCAAAAUGAAAGUAAAAAAUUCGAUGAAGUAUUUUCGGAAGCUAGUGACAAAAAAGAUGUAAACAAGGCCACUACCGAAAAAAAGCUUGUGCCUAAACAAAUUGACCGGGUUAUCGUAUUAGGUGAACGAAUAGAACCUCCAAAACUUAGUCCACAAAGUUCACCAACAAUUAAACUAAAACCUAAGCAGAAUGAGCAUGAACAAGAAAAAGAAAUUAUGAGGAAGGCUAAACAGAAUAUCAAUCGAAAGACUAGGCCUAUUAUCAAGUAUAUUGAUGAUGACAAUGACACUUUGAACAUAGGAAAAGGUGAUAAUGUUAACAAUUGGGAAGAUCUAUUUAAUGACGAAGGGGAACUGCAGGAAGAUAUUUUUACUGAGAUUGUCUAUAAAGUGGGACCUCAGGUUACAAUAAUGAAAGCUGCGGAGGACUAUUCAGCAUAUGCUUCCAAACAGGUAGAAGAACUUGAACACAUGGUGGAACUUUAUGAUUUUCCUCCCAGUUUUGAAACUAACGAUAUCAUUUCUUCAUUUAGUCACCUUAAUAGUGACUCUAUGUACAUUAAGUGGAUUGACGAUACACAUGCUCUAUUGGUUUUAGGAUCUCUAACUCAAGCCAAAAAAGCACUAGAGGUUUCUAGCCCCCUGAUCAAAGUAAGGCCAAUGUCAGCGGCCAGUUCUCUGGCUCUGGAAAAAGCCAACCAGUUUGACCUAAAACCUGCAAUGAAGCGACCUCAGACUAACCUGCAGACAGCCAGAAGGUUGAUCACAUCUCAUUUGGGUGCUAAGAGCAAAGUCAGUAGAGAGCAAAGUGCGAAGGAACGAGAAGAUUUACGACUAGCCAAAGAAUUGAAGAAACGAGCCAAACAAAAUGAGAAGGAUGCUUGGGAAGGAAGUCUACGCUCAUCGCUUAAGUAGAAUCCUAAGGAGCUCUAAUAAAGUGCCUUAUAUUUUUUGUAUUAUAACAUUAAAUACCUCCUAUAUUUCUAAACAAAACUUAGUCAUUUCUUGCAAUAUUUUUUUUUACUUUAUUUGUAUAGAAUUACAGUCUUAUAUUGUAAAACCGUUUUGUAGUCUAUUUUUGAAGAAAUCCAUUCUCUAUUUCACAAGACUUGUAACAAUUUGUGUGUGCAUCGCAAUAUAUUUAUGAUAUUAUU